AUGAAUGAGUUUGAGAUGAUUGUUCUAGGAAAUAUGGUUUAUUUUCUAGGGAUGAAGAUUUUGUACUCUGAGAAAGGAAUAAUUGUACAUCAGCUGAAAUAUGAACUUAAGCUUCUGAAGAGAUUUGCGCUGCUGAAUUAUAAAGUUGGUGUUACAACUGCUGAUACAAAUCAGAAAUUGGAUUAUGAUUCUGAUGGUGAUGAUGCAGAUGCGACAAAGUUCAAACAGUUGGUAGGUUCUCUGAGGUAUUUGUUUAAUAUCAGACCUGAUAUUUGUUAUGCAUUUGAAAUGGAUCUGAAAAUCAAAGUGAAUAAGCCUUUGAAGCUGAUGAUUGAUAACAAGUCUGCAAUCAAUCUUGCCAAGAACCUAGUGCUUCCUGCGAGAAGCAAGCAUAUUGGGACUAAAUAUAACUUUCUGAGAAAUAAGAUUCAUAAUGGAGUGCUAGAAGUUGUGUGCUAUAGCACUCAGAAGCAAAUCUUGGCGAUGUGUUUUCCAAACCCACAAGGAAAAAUCCUUCUUUCAUAG